AGCCUACACAGACGCAUUGCAACCAACUUUGGGAGAGACAUCCUUCUGCUGGUACGUAGCUUAGAAAAGGCCACUCUUAAAUUAGCAGAUUUAAGGAACCACCUCAGAUUUAAUCUUAGAUGCAGGCAGAGUAGGUUAAUCCCCAAAUGCAUGAGGCAAGCGUCCCUUGAGCAAGGACACUUGGCAAGGAAAAUGCAACAAAACUACAUCAGAAAAAUACAGAAUUUGAGAAUUAGGAGACUUAACAUAGAGAUAAAAAAUAAACAGUCUGAAGUAGAAACCUUCUAUCAGAGAUUGCAAACCAAGCUUACGCACGAAACCUAUCAGGAGGUUUGUGAAUUUACCAAAUCAGGUUAUAUGAAGCACCAUAGCAAAACCAAAGAAAGGCAUAAGGGAAAAUUCCAGAAACUUCUAUCGGAAAAUCGACCACAGCUUGUCGUAAACACUAAGGAUGGGGGGAAUCAGACCAAUACUAAAGAAAAUUGGAUCAAAAAUCUGUCAGACAGAAGCCUCUCGGAGACAGAGAAGGCAGUAUUAACCAAGGGUCUCAACUUCUCAGUGACUCCUAAAACGAUACCCACAGUAGACUAUAUCACAGCAGCUGAAUCGGCCAUCAAGAACAAUAACCUUUCUAGAACAGAGGCAGGGGACCUUCGUCUGAGAAUAUCGGCCCUUCUCAGUAGUGCCAAACCACCACCGUCCAAUAUCACGUUAGGUGAGAGGAAAGCAUUAGCGGCUCUGCAGAAAGAUGAGAGCAUCACCAUCUUACCAGCUGAUAAGGGCAGAUGCACAGUGGUUCUCAACACAUUGGACUACGAAGAAAAAAUAACAAGUCUAAUUAGUGAUGCCAACACAUAUGAGCAACUUAAAAGGGACCCAUCCAGUAGGUAUAAGAAAGAAAUCAUACACUGUCUCCAAAAGUUAGAGAAGGAAGAACUAAUUGACAGACAGAUGUAUCAUAGGUUAUACCCUGGGGAGGCUACACCAUGUAUCUAUGGCCUUCCAAAAAUCCACAAGGAAGGGCUUCCCCUCAGACCCAUUGUCUGUAGCAUUGACUCUACCACGUACAAUGUAGCGAAAUAUGUAAAAACAGUCUUAUCCCCAUUGGUAGGCAACACUGAUCAUCAUAUAGAGAACACAAAAGGGUUUGUGGCGAGCAUCAAAGACCUCAGAUUGGAGCCAGAGGAAACUUUGGUGUCUUAUGAUGUGACUUCACUUUUCACAUCUGUCCCCACCUCAGCAGCAGUCUCGGUGGUGAGGAAGAGACUGCUCGAGGACUCAACUCUGCAUCGGAGAACAAAACUUAGUGCUGACCACAUCUGCCAAUUACUGGAAAUUUGCCUUAACACCACAUAUUUUCAGUUUAGAGGGAAAUUCUACAGACAAAUUCAUGGUUGUGCUAUGGGCUCACCAGUCUCACCCAUAGUGGCGAAUCUGUACAUGGAAGAGAUGGAGAAACAGGCUCUCACAUCCUUCUCAGGGACAAAACCAAGGCAUUGGUUUAGAUACGUGGAUGACACCUUUGUCAUAAUCAAAAAACAAGAAAUUCAGUCUUUCACAGAUCACAUCAAUGCGGUGGACACCAAUAUCAAAUUUACUCGCGAGGACACUAAAGAAAACCAACUAGCCUUCUUAGACUGCAAGGUAAUUAUAGGAAAGGACAGACAGCUACUUACAGAGGUCUUUAGAAAGGCCACACACACUGACCAAUACCUGCUUUUUCAAUCAAACCAUCCACUACAACAUAAACUAGGGGUUAUUAGGACCCUCCAACAUAGAGCGGAACAAAUACCAACUAGUGCGGAGGGAAAGAAAAAGGAGACACAACAUGUCCAGAGAGCGCUCUCAACCUGUGGGUACCCACGGUGGGCUUUUAACAAAUGUCAAAAGAAGAGAGUAGGGAAAGAAACCCAAAAGCCCACAGAAGCAAAAAGGAGAGGAGUGGUAGUCCCUUAUGUAGCGGGGGUCUCCGAAAAACUCCAGAGGAUCUUAUGGCAACACAAAAUUCCUACCUAUUUCAAACCAGUAAAUACCCUGAGACAAAAAUUAGUGCAUCCUAAAGACAAGGCUCCAAACCAGAAACAGAGCAAUGUGGUCUAUUCCAUCCACUGUAAAGAUGAGGAAUGCAAAGAGCACUACAUUGGGGAAACUAAGCAAAUGCUCCAAAAAAGGCUUUAUCAACAUCGCAGGGACAAUGCUAGUGGUCCUCAAUCAGCAGUACAUCUACACCUGAAAGCUACCAAUCACUCCUUUCAGGACAGCGAGGUAAAGAUUUUGGCCAAAGAAAACAGAUGGUUUGAAAGAGGAGUAAAGGAAGCUAUUUUUGUCAAACAACAGAACCCAUCAUUGAAUCGGAAUGGUGGUUUGAGGUUUAAUUUGGACCCUGUGUUCAGCAGGUUACUGAGACCAAAACCCACAGCUCUUAGUCUUGCAAAUGAGGUGAAGGCAGGGCCGAGCCAGAACAAUAGAUGCUAACAAGCCAGUAUCAGAGUCGUUCAUACCCAAUUCAGGGAGCGACACUUCCCUUUUAUCGUAGGUGUGAAUAACAGGAUAGGAUUAUACCACUGCUCCGCCCAGGCUUAGUGUAACGAACCAAUAGGAGGAGGGUGUUGGCACACCAAUUCCGCCCACUCUUACUGUAUUUAAGGC